UGAUUAGAGGUGCAAGGACGGCGCGUAAUAAUUUUCAACACAAUUAAUCACAAACGUGACUGAAGUCGAGUGUAAAUAUCGUUGAAAAUUUAUGUUAGAAUCAGUGCAUCAACAUGCCGUACGCAGUAAUGAGACAUUUACGCCGUACUCUAGUGUUAAGUCAACAAAUCCGAGUCGAGAGCACCAUGACCAACCUAACUCAAGAAGAAUAUAUUUUUCGGCCUCCCUUCGCGCAGUGGAGCAAGGUUAUUAAAGACGCUGAAAAGAUUGUCGGAUAUCCAACAUCUUUUAUGAAUUUGAGGUGGCUUUUGAGUGAUGAAUUCGCCAAUUUAGCUAUGCACCUACGUAAAAUUGUAGGAAGCAAUCACCCAAUAAUGAAAACUGCCAAAACCGUCCUAUACAAUGAACACAAUAAUCUACAACCAUGGGGCCUUAUUAUUCUUCUACUAUCCAAAGCUGUCGCACCAGCCUCAUCGUUACAUGCAAGUAAUGUCGCCGAACAACAGAGAAUGCUUGCCGAACUUACAGAAAUGAUACGCACAGGCCAUUACAUACACAGAGGCUUAUUAAACAUACCCCCAGAGCAGCGAGACGUUGCUAUGGACUCUCUAUACGCAAAUAAAAUUGCCAUCCUAAUAGGUGACUAUCUACUGGUCACUGCAAACGGCAUGUUAGCACGAUUGAAGAAUCAAGAUUUAUCGUAUUUAAUAUCAACAGCGUUGCGUGACAUAAGUGAAGGAGAAUUCUUUGGUCCUAGAGAUGAGCAAAACAUGCCAUUACCAAGCAAGCCAAAAGAAAAUAUAGUGGAUAACUUCAGGAUUAGCUGUGAAACCGUACCUUUGGAUGUUAGCGACGUGCUAGGGUCGCCAGUAAGGGAAUGGACGCUACGGACUUUAUACAGUGGUGGUACCUUGUUCGGUAGAGGAUGUCAGGGCGCUAUGUACCUCGCUGAAAGAAGUGUCGAAGAGCAGAAAAAGGCUUUCCUCUUCGGCUGUCACCUGUGCUUAGCGUGGCAGGCAGCGAGCGAACUACACAAAUUCACAAACACCAAAGAACAUUAUUCUUUAGUUAGUGCACCAGUUCUAUUUGGUUUGCAGCGAUUACCUCACUUACAUGAAGAGGUUAACGUUAAAAAUAUCACAGAAGUUGAUUAUGUGGGUUUAAAAGAGGAACUACUAGAAACAGAUGCCGUGGAACGGACGAAGUCAUUAUAUAGCGAAAAUGCGGACAAAGCCAGGCGCUACGCUGACUUGUUCGGUGACAGUGAAGCAGUAAGGACUAUAAAGAGAAUGAUAAAGAAUAUAUAGCAGGAUUUUUCUAGAAAAAUAGGAAAAAAACUGGUUGCCUGCAUUUUUGUGUGGGCUUAGUACAAAUUGAAUAGGUAGAGAAAUGUAGGGAGAAUUUUCAUCAAAAUGUUGAUAGGGAAAUUCCAUAUAAGGAAUUGUUCAAAAGCCUAUACCUAACAAUUUAAAAAUUUUGACAAUUAUUAAGAUACAUAAUCAUCAAAAAUUCAUAAAAAAACAUUAAUCAGUUUUAUUGAGAUAAAAAAACAUGUAAGAAAAAGUUUUUUUUACUUCUUUUUGUUUGUUUAUUUUUUUUGCAAUCAUGGCAGGCCUUUUUAUACAUAUAAAUGGUUAAAACAAAUUAUUUACAUAGUUGCAUUGUUAUUUAUUAUACAUACAAACGUUGAAACUAUGAAAAUUAAUUUAUGUUGUUCUUUCAAAGUCCACAUUAGCCGUUAGUUUUAAGAUAUUAUUUAUACUAUAUGUAUGUCACAAUGUUCUACUACUUUUUUUCAUUUUUAACUGUUUAUUUUUUAUUGUUUUGUCUUUCUUUUUAUACUGGCACAAUUAACUGUAUUUUCAAUUCCACAGAUUAGAUUAGUAAAACCAAUUACUUAGUUGUUUUUUUAAUUUAGUUAUAGUAUUAAAAUAUGCUUAAGUUUGCCUUUUAUUUGGAGAGAAGGAAUUAUUAUGGUCAAGUUACUAUAAAUACCUAUGUGAUAUUUCAUAAUUCUUAGAAAAUUGUUAGUGUUGUGUAAAUAAAUUUAUUGUGGUUU